UGAUGUGGAGGUUUUCCAUUCCUGAUCAGCAGCUUCACGACUGAAUGGAUGCCUUUUUUUCAGUGGGAUUCUCAUCUUCUAGAUCUAUUAAACAUUUUUGUGAACUCUUUGGGAAUUGGGUGCCAAUCCUAGGAGUUGACUUUGGAUUCUUUUAAACGGAUUUGUGGGUAUUAUUGGAUUUUUAGGAGCAUUUUAGUAAUCGGAUGCGCAACUUGUAGCCAAGUUCAGAUGAGUCCUUUCUGACAGCAGAAAAGCAUUCUUGCUGAGAUUGAUGAGCUUCAUAAGGCGGUUCGGUGACGCGAAACCGGGCCGCUUCAUCAUUACGCACCGCCGACGCGUAAACCCAUUCGUUCACACGUCCAGCACUCUGCAUCAUGUCUUUAAGCAGAAGCAUCGAGUGGGAGCACUUUGAGGAGAGGGAGAAGGCACCACGUUCGGGUCGCGGAUGCGCAGCCGGAUCUCGUUGCGCGUCCCGGGGAAACGGGAACGGGUACGGGUCCGUGGCGAGUCCCGCGCACAGCGCGCACUGCAGCUUCUACCGGGCGCGCACCCUGCGCUCACUCGCUGCCGAGAAGAAGGCGCGGAAAGUGCGCUUCUACCGCAACGGAGACCGCCACUUCGAGGGCUUGGCGUACGCUGUAUCCGGAGACCGCUUCCGCUCUCUGGACGCGCUGCUCGUGGAGCUCACGCGCUCUCUGUGGGACGGCGCGAGCUUACCGCAGGGAGUGCGCUGCAUUUAUACUAUAGACGGAGCGAGGAAGGUCACCAGUCUGGACGAGCUUGUAGAGGGUGAGAGCUACGUCUGCGCCUCCAACGAGCCCUUCCGCAAAGUGGACUACACCAAAAACGUCAACCCCAACUGGUCGGUGAACGUUAGGGCAGGCACAUCGCGCUCCCUCUCCUCUUUACCCAUACUAAAGAACGAGCUGAGGGAGCGAGAAAGCAAGGAUUUCAUCCGGCCCAAGCUGGUGACGGUGAUCCGGAGCGGCGUGAAGCCACGCAAGGCCGUGCGCGUCCUCCUGAACAAGAAGACGGCACACUCGUUCGAGCAGGUGCUCACGGACAUCAGCGACGCCAUCAAACUGGACUCGGGAGUGGUGAAGAGACUCUACACGCUGGAGGGGAAGCAGGUCACGUGUCUGCAGGACUUUUUUGGCGAUCACGACGUGUUCAUCGCGUGUGGUCCGGAGAAGUACCGCUAUGCUCAGGAUGAUUUUUUGUUGGAUCACAGUGGUAAGGCUUGUGCAGCCUUUCUGAAUGAGUGCCGUGUGCUGAAAUCUUCCUGUACUUCUCGCUCCACUACUCCAGUGAGGUCCAGUGGCAGUAAGAGUCCGGCACGGCACAGCAAAUCUCCUGGAUCAGUGAGGAAAAAUUCUCCGUACUUGUCCGCCAGCAGUCAGUCUCCAGUCAAAUCCCCAGUUAACGGAGUGGUUCCCAGUCUGAGUCAGAUUUCCACCCCCAAAUCCACCAAGUCCUCCAACUCGUCCCCCACGAGUCCCCGCAGCAUGCGAAACUUCAAGUUUAGUUGCAACAAGCGGACGGGGGCCGCCUUCCAUCUUUCUGUGAAGAUCCCGACUCAUCACUCGUCAGUGUCUAACGUGAGCGUCUCGUCCGAGCAGCAUCAGCCUCAACACACUGACAACACCAGCCCUGAGGUUAAUGGAAACAGAAACCAUACAGCCUCUGCCAUCGUGGAAAAGUACAAAGUGGGGAAAGUUAUCGGUGAUGGGAAUUUUGCAGUGGUAAAGGAAUGUGUUGAACGGUCCACUGGAAAGGAGUUCGCCUUAAAGAUCAUUGAUAAGAAUAAAUGUCGAGGCAAAGAGCACCUGAUUGAGAGCGAGGUGGCCGUACUAAGGCGAGUCAAACACCCCAACAUCAUAAUGCUGAUGGAGGAAGUGGACACGCCCUCUGAGCUCUAUCUCGUCAUGGAGCUGGUCAAGGGUGGAGAUCUGUUCGAAGCCAUCACGUCGUCUACGAAGUACACCGAGAAAGACGCCAGUGCCAUGGUGUACAACCUGGCUGCUGCUCUUAAAUACCUGCACAAGAUGAACAUCGUGCACCGAGACAUCAAACCCGAAAACCUUCUGGUGUGCGAAUAUCCAGACGGCACCAAAUCUCUGAAGCUGGGGGACUUCGGUUUGGCGACGGUGGUGGAAGGACCGCUGUACACCGUGUGUGGGACCCCAACUUACGUCGCCCCGGAGAUUAUAGCAGAGUCGGGGUAUGGUAUAAAGGUGGACAUCUGGGCAGCAGGUGUGAUUACCUACAUCCUGCUGUGUGGCUUCCCACCUUUCCGGAGUGAGAAUAAUGUGCAGGAGGAGCUGUUUGAACAGAUCCUGCAGGGCCAUGUGGACUUUCCCUCUCCGUACUGGGACAACAUCACUGACUCGGCCAAGGAGCUGAUUGGCCAGAUGCUUCAGGUGAACCCUGAGAUGAGGUACACGGCAGAAGAUAUUUUGUGUCACCCUUGGGUCACGGACGACGCUGCAGUGGAUAACAACAUGAAGAUGGAGGUGAUGGGGAAGCUCAAGAAGCACUUUACGUCCACACAGAAAGAGGGCAACACCACCGCCGGAGUGUCUGUUAUUAUGUUUGAGAUCUAAAUCCAGAGCUGUAUCUGUGCACAGCCCUCGUCUCUCCCAGGACCAGACGAUGCCCGCUGCUGGAUUCUGGGUAUUUGACUCCAAAUCUACACCUCCGUCGGACAAAUCUAAUCUCUUUACUAAAGCUUACUUCGUCUGUCCUGACUCUUCUAGAUCUGCUGCUCUUUGCGCUGUUGCAGUGCCUCCUUCUGGUCUCAUGGUUUGCUCCGGCUCUUACAAGUUUAGAUUUCUGACCAAAAGCCUUUUCUCUGCUAGAACACACCCUGUCCGUGUUUAGGAAAAAUACGUAAAGGAAUACUCCAGUGUUUUGCAAAGGGUCAGUGGUUAAAGGCUCUGGGUGACUGAUCAGAAGGUCAGGAGGUCAAGCCCCAGCACUGCCAAGCUACCACUGUUGGGCCCUUGAGCAAGGCCCUUAACCCUCAACUGCUCAGUUGUAUAAAAUGAGAUAAAUGUAAGUCGCUCUGGAUAAGCGCGUCUGUCAAAAAUGUACUGUAAUGUAAAUGUAAUGUCCAUCCUCUCCACUGCAUCAGUAGUGUACACAUGAUUACCACGGAUAAGAAAUCGGACUUGUUUCCCGUGUCUCGGAUAACGUUACAGCCGAAAUAAAAACCUCACGAGUACCGAUACGUGGAUUUCUGUCGAACGGUUUAAUGAAUUCUUCACUCAAAGGUAUUUGUAAAUAAAUCCUUUAAAAAACUGGAACAUGGAAGCAUGAUUGGCGUUCGUGGUAAUGAAACACGCAGUGCCGUUGCGAUGAGUAAAGAUUCGGUUGAAAAAACGCUGGAGUACUCCUUUAAUCAGAUCCUCAAGGACUGGAGCUAGAUAUACAGUAUUGUAACUCCUCUCAGUCUCAACCUCUCCAUGAAUCAGUGUCUUUUCACCUCAUUCCCAGCUGCCCAAGUCUCCGUCGUGUUGUCUGUGUCGCAGUGUGUUGAGUCGCAUGUCGUUUCUUUAAGCAUCAUGCAAAGCUAAUAACCGCUUAAAGUAUUAACCCUGUCUGAGGAAGACAUGUCGGUCUUUCUCGGUCACGCGUUCACAAGUAUUUCACAGGAAAUAGUGCAUUCAAAGAACAAUGUACGUUAUUCACCGUUAUUAAUUCACCAUGUAUAGGAAAUGUGCUGCCUCCUUGUGGCCAAAGUGGAAUUCCUGCUUCUCUGACCGCUGCGUGUGUGUGUGAGAGAGAGAGACAUUCAGAUUUAAGUGAAAAAUAAAAGCUAAUUUGUAUUUCGGAUUUUUUUUUUCUAAAGGAAAGUUAAUUGUUAGCAAAUUUUUGGCAAUGAUCCGCACUUUUGUAUUCUGAAAUAUCCUGUAAUUGAGCUCCUACCUGCUUCUUUUUUCCGUCAACGUUUCACAAACGAAAACCUUCAAAUCCACAGAUUGGUAUGCGAGUGCCAUUCCACUUCUCUGAAGGAUUCCCAAUUCAUAUCCAUUAGAUUAGCAAGUAUUAAAACACUCGGCGCCAUGCCGUUCUGGGAAAAUAUUCGACAAUAACACUGUGUAGAGCUUUUAUUCUUUUCCUUUAACAGCUCGUCCCAAACGGUUUUCUUCGUCUCAUACCACAGCAGUUUGAAUUAAUGAAUCAAAUAUUCUAUAAGUCACACUUUUUUUAUUUAUUUAUCCGUUUGUAGUAUACACAUAUAGUGUUGUAGAACCUUAAACACGCGAAACAAGUUAUUUCACGUUGUCACGUACAUUAUUACAGCUAUAAAAGGUACUGAAUGUUACAUAGUGCUGACACUGGAGACUCCUUACAUACUGUAAAUGUUAAAUAAACGUCUCCGUGCAGAAAACUCCGGCAUGUUAACAGUGAUACGUUUUUCUUUGUUAAAUAACUCUGCACUUUAAAAAUAAAUAGAAAUAAUAAUAAACAGUUUAUUAGAUUGUGCCGGAAUACUGUCCGAGCUGCUGUUAUAGAAAAUGAAUCAGCACCUUCUGACCAAUCAGAAUCGAGAAUUUAACAGUGCUGUGGUGUAAGACUACAUUAAAUCGGAAGCAGUCAAGGUUCACGUUUAAAAAUCUUGACAGUCCCGAUUUUGCGUUCGGAGAAACGAGCGCGGAAUCAAGCAAACUCGACGAUAUUCGGAGUAGCGUGCUGUUUUUCAAAAUUUCCACAGAUUUUGCGCCCAAGAUGGGUCAUGUGACGUUAAGACUUUAGCCCAAGAUGUGUCAUGUGACGUCAUCACGGCGCACGUUCAGUUGAAAGCCCUCUUCGAUUCACGUGCGUCAAUCAUGAGUACAGCUAAAAGAUCUCGUUUACCGAUGAACAUCACUGCGAAAUUGCAAUUUCACCGAUUCAAGUAGUUUUCCACAAAAAAGCACCAAAAAAAAAAAAACCCAAUUGCUGGAAAAAUGCCGAAGCAUUUUUAUCGAGCAUUUUUGGCCGCAUCAAUCACAAAAGAACUCCUGUGCGGACUGACUAGAGUCCCGGAACUACGGCCAAUAUUUUGUUCAUAUGUUGAUUUGAAAUACUUUCAUACUGUGAUCCUACAGAGAAUAAAAUCAGUCAGAGUCUCAUACCACAACUAGACAAACAUAUGUUAAAAAUGUCCCAAAUUAUUUUGUAAAUUUGUUCUCUUGGUUAAAACACCACUAACCAGACCUACAGAUCAUAUUUCCCUGGUAAUUAUCGAUAAUUUUCCAGCCAGUGAUUUGCCCACCCCUGGACGUGAAGAUUCGAUAUCAGUUAUAUAGAUAAGAUAUGAAGUAUGUGUUAGGGGUCCUUCAGAUAAAGUGUUAUGGAGCUGUAGAGGUGUGUUUGUGCUCUGUAUGUUGUUGCUAUGUAUGCGUUCUGUGAGUAAGCCUAGUCUCUGUACCUCUGCUUCUGCACCCCUCCAUCGGCAUACCUAUCCUCUGAGUAGCUCCAGGCCAAUGGUAUGUACUAACACUAACAGCUCUGCUUCUUACACCUGGCUUCUGUCUUCUCCAUCCAUGUCACACACUUCCACUGACACUGAGGGAGAGUGAGCAAAACACCAGUGAAUAUUUAUUUAUGACAGCCAGGCUCACUUAGAACUGGACAAUGAGGAACUGAAAUGAAUUUAAUGGGGAUUAUGUCAUGAAUCUACACAAAACAGUUCAUAGUGGGGGGAAAAUUCUACAACGUCUAAGGGUAAUGUGCAGCAUGAUGCUGCCGCCACCAUGCUUCACUGCUCUAACAGCUUGCUUCAUAUUGUAACACUACAAAAUGUGGAAAAGUUCAAGGGGGUGAAUACUUGGGAAAUCUACCAUUUCUUGUUAAGAAAAUUUUUGUUGUAGUUGUUGAAGUUCCGUGGACAUGUUCAAAUGAGCAUACGUGACUGACAACUCUCUGUCAAAGUAUCAUCCUACUGAAUUAUAGAAUUUUAACAGCAGGCUACACUCGCUUGCGUAUAUUUCACAAGUAUUGCUAACAAGGUUAGUUUCUCACUAGGUUAUUUUUUUCAUAGAUUACCUUGUCCCUAGGUUAGUUUUCCCUUAGGUUAGGUUUUCACUAGGUUACUUUUUUGCUAGGUUAUUUUUUUCCCUAGGUUAUUAUUUUUUUUUUUUGCUAAUUUAGUUUUUCACUAAUUUAGUUUUUCACUGGGCUAGUUUUUUGCUAGGUUAGUUUUUCUCUAAUUUACCUUUUUUUUGCUAAGUUACUUUUUCACUAGGUUGCUUUUUCACUGGAUUACUUUUUUGAUAGGCUAAUUUUUUUGCUAAGUACAUUUUUGCUAGGUUAUUUUUCACUAGGUAACUUUUUCACUAGGUUACUUUUUUGCUAGGUUAUUUUUUCCCUAGGUUAUUUUAUUAUAUUUUUUUGCUAAUUUAGUUUUUCAUUAGUUUAGUUUUUUGCUGGGUUACUUUUUCACUAAGUAGCUUUUUCACUAGGUUAAUUUUUUGCUAGGUUACUUUUCACUAGAUUACUUUUUCACUAGGUUACUUUUUCACUGGGUUUGUUUUUUUGCUAGGUUAUUUUUCACUAGGGUACUUUUUGCUAGGUUAUUUUUUUUCCCUAGGGUUUUUUUUUUUUUUUGCUAAUUUAGUUUUUCACUAGUUUAGUUUUUCACUAGUUUAGUUUUUCACUAGGUUACUUUUUCACUGGGUUUGUUUUUUUGCUAGGUUAUUUUUCACUAGGUUACUUUUUGCUAGGUAAUUUUUUUCCCUAGGUUUUAUUUAUUUAUUUUUUUUGAUAAUUUAGUUUUUCACUAGUUUAGUUUUUAACUAGUUUAAUUUUUCACUAGGUUACUUUUUCACUGGGUUUGUUUUUUUUUUUUUGCUAGGUUAUUUUUCACUAGGUUAUUUUUUUCCCCAGGGUUUUUUUUUUGUUGUUGUUUGUUUUUUGCUAAUUUAUUUUUUCACUAAGUAACUAUUUCACUCAGUAACUUUUUCACUAGGUUACUUUAUUUGCUAGGUUACUUUUCACUAGAUUAUUUUUUCAGUAGUUUAGUUUUUCACUAGAUUAAUUUCUUGCUAGAUUCAUUUUUUACUACAUUAGUUUUCCACAGGUUAAGUUUUCAGUAGGUAGUUUCUUAAGUCAGUUUUUCAGUAAGCUGAGACCUUUUCCAGUUUAAGUUUGAUAAUUUUGUUCAAUAAUAUAACCAGUCCCAAACAUAAGAUUUUCUCAUUCUAAGGUAUUUAACCAUUCUAAAAUGUUGAAACAGUGAAAGUAGAAUAUUCCAUUUCUUACAACAUAUGCAUCACAAUAUUUAAAAAAAUAUAUAUUUAAUAUGUUCAUUUUAAACAUGUUAAAUAUUGUAUAUUAUGAUAUGUCUACAUGCAUUGUUUUUGUCGAACUACACAGUGAAUUCCUCACAUCAAAACAAGCUGAUCAGCCAGUCCGAGGAAAUAAUGUGUCAGGAAUUUCACUUAUGUUUUCUCACUCUCCUUCACACCACAGUUAAUCUGCUUUUCCUUCUAAUUUUCUAUGUAUUAAGGUACUACAUACAUUUUUGCUAUUGUUUUUUUUGUUUUUGUUUUUUUUUAAAUAAAGAAGCUUUCUAAAUACAGAAUUAAACAAACCCAAACCAGAAUAAGAAUAUUAAGAAUAAGAUAAGGACUAAAUGUGAGAUAUAAGAUGAGUACUACUGAAUUCUUAAAACAGUUUCACACUGUCUUUCAUUCCACGUCCAUUUCACUUCAUAACCAUAAUCUCUCUGUGUCUGUUUUCCACCUUCCAUGCACACAUGACCUCUG